AUGUUACAAAGUAAAUACAAAUAUUCAGGAAAAGAUGUAAGAAAUAAUGAAACGCAACGUGAAAAAUUCCCCAAGAAAGACGUGGAACUUUGCCUUGAGGUUGAAAUGGACGAUGAGGUGAGAGAAAUCAUAACCUCGCCGGAAAAAUGCGUGUCAGCACUACUAGACGUUACGGUCAUCAAACCCAAGGACCUAGACCAAUUAUACUACUCCCAGAAAGCCACCCUUAGCGGUGAGGAAGUGAGGAAACUCAUCGCUUCUAUGGAACUGGAAAAACAAGACAAGCAAAAGCUCAUAGAUAAAAUCCUCUCAGCAGAAGAUCCCAAAUCUUCGGGAGACUACGUGAAGAAGAAAUACGUCAAGAAAGUCACAGGCCCGCCCAAGGUGGACAGGCAGAGGAUCAGCACUACAGACGACACGAAUUCGGACCCGGUUUACGCCUACAAACACAAACCCGGUAAAAAGGGCGACGAACGCGUACAGCACAUCUACACCACACCAAAAACCUACAGCGACAUAAGAUCUAUUUUCACCUGCAAGAACAGGAACAAGUUCGACCAAAACGAAAAACCAGACAAGCCUUGUCUGUGCAAGAACUGCGCCAUAAUCGGCGUUUUAACAGAUUCGCAAAAGAAACCGUUCAUCACCGAAAAUCUGCACGAUCCCAGGGAACUUCUUUCCAAUAACAAAAAAGAUAACAAGAGGAAGAAGUUCGUGAACUUUAAGAACUACCCCGACGACCACACCGACUGCGAAUAUUACUUCAAACAGCUUUCAACGAAAAUUCGACAGCUAGAAGAACGCUUAUCCAUCCAAGAAGAAAAAUCCGUUCCCAGGGACUACUUCAAGAGAAUCAUCACGAAAUUAGUGAAUCAUUUAAGCAAAAUUACCAAUUACGCAAGCUAUGAUAGUCCUAGCACACGCCCUAAGAGUAAAGAAACUAAAGAAUAUAAAGCUAGAGAAAAGUACUGCAUUCAUCCAGUGUUGCUGGGACAAAAGCCCAGCAAAGUCGAUAUCGACGAGUUCCUACCAACCACCACCACGUUCGAUUGCACCGACAAGUACCAACAAACCACGGAUAACUUCUGGAGGUGGGGGGAGGAGAUACUGAAGCCCGGGAUAGACCUGAAGAAUAAAAUCGUGAUGCUUUUGGAGGAGACCUUGCAUAACCUGAAGAAACCCAGAUCCGUUCCUUCCAAACUGAAGGUUACGGAGAGGGCAAUCGCUGGCAGCGUAGAAGCGCCCCAGAAGCUUCAGGUUGAAGAACCGGUACGUGACUUGCCUACUAACGUCUGCAAGAAUUGUCCUCUUGUGAAUAAUAACGUUUCGGGGUCUAUUAUGUUCAAACCGAAGAAGUGCAGGAGCUGCGAGAAGGUUAGGAGGUAUUUGCAGAGCAAACAGGACUGCGGGUACGAGGAGUCGUUGAAUGUGUCCUACUUGAAUCCGCGGAUGCGGAAGUGGCAGGAGGAGUCGCAGGUUUCCUUCAAAUUGGACUCGUCCUUGGACUCCUUCAGAUGUCCUGAAGAUAGGAAGCUGAAUGACGUUUAUAAAACAGAGUUCAGGGAGACGUUGUCCAACACCAAGGAAUCUGACAAGUUGAAACUGUGGCACAGCGUCUGGAUCCAGGCGAAGAUGAACGGGCAAAACAGGGAUGACAAAGUCACCAUCCAGAUGCCAGACAGGAAGAAUUUGAGGAACAACAAAACCGUCGAGAUCGAGUAUACCAUCGCUGAACUAGAAGAACUUCUGGUAGGGUUCGGCAGCUAUAGGCAUAAUUCCAAAAAGAGAAACGAUACGAAGUAA